UUGAAAUAGGUAGUGUAACCGAAAAAACGGAGCAUUGGCUUGGUACGCUCAACUGCAUUUUUCACAAAAUUUGUUUGUUGUUUAUUUACGUAAAACCAGAUAACAUUUAUGACUUAAAAAUACUUGAAAUAAAAGUGUACAGUAAAUCAUGGAAUAUUGGAGUCAAGUAAUUGUUGAAUGGAUAAAUUGUUUGGAUGUCUGUGAUAAGCCAAUAUCUAAUAUUGAUGAAUUACAAAAUGAUUCCAAAAUUUAUUCGAAAUUUAUUGAAGAACUAAAAAGUCCAGCUCCUGCAGAAAAUCUUGAUCAGUCUUUGGAAAUAUCAAAAUUCAUCAAAGAAGAAUAUCCAGGUUUAGAAAUCGACAAGAAUGAUGUUGAUAAUACAUCAGAGCAUGUUUAUUAUGUAUCAGUAUUACUCAUAAGUGCUUCACAGAGAGUCAAAUUCCACAAACCGAUGUAUUCUUUGAAGAAUGAUACUCAAAUUAUUAUCAAACAGUUUCUAGAACUAGUUUUACCUUAUGGCAAAGACCUAACAUUUGACAUAUUACGUGAAAGCAUCAUAGAACUUGCUGAUAGUGCUCCUAAAACACCUCCGAUGACGCCAAAAGAACGCCCACUUAGAACUUUUCUCACUUCACCAGCAGCUAAUUCUGCUUACAGAUAUAAAAUAAUAAAUCAGUGCAAUCGCGAACUACGACAGUGCAAAGCAGAAUUAGAGACAGCGAAAUUUGAAACAAUAGAUUUAAAAGAAGAUGUAAAAAAGUUAGAAGACAGAGUACAACAUUUACAGAAACAGUUAAAUAAAAAAAAUGAAGAAUUGAGAGCACUUAGAAUAGAGAACACAAAUACAAAAACGCCCAAGUCUUGCCGCAAAGACAAAGAUGAUAAUUUAGAAGAAUAUUUAAAAAGAGAGAUUAAAGACCUAGAAACACAUAAUGCGAAACUUCAAUCAGUAAUUAACCAGUUUGAAGAACAGCAAGAGAACUUAACACGUCGUUUAGCCUCAAAAGAACGAUGCAGUACAACGCUGAAUGCAAGAGUCAGUGAGUGUGAAGAUAAAAUGGAGUCUUUGAUCAAUCAACUAGAAAUAAAAACGCAUGAAUUGUUGGAUUUAAGAAUGCAAAAUGAAGAACUAAGAGCUCAUAUUAAAAAAAUACAAAAACAUCCACCAGAUACAGAACAAAGUUUUGAAAUCGAAAACACGCCGCAAGUACAUUUGCGUAGACCAUCAACACCCGGACUAAAUGUUAGUGAAGCUGCUAGUUCUAUUAUUGAUAUACAAUUGAAAGAAGCUCAUGAAGAAUCAGAAAAACUUAAACAUGAACUUGAUAAUGUUAAUCAAAAGUUGAACGAAGCUAUUCAGGAAUGUCAAGAAUUUAAGAAUUUGAAUGAUUUACUUAACGAAAAAGUAUCAACUUUGGAUGAAUUCAAAAUGGCACUGGAAAUAACUGAGGAUAAAUUAGAAAAAAGACAAUGUCAAAUAAAUAUUUUAGAAAUGGAAAAAAAAUCUUUGACAGAUGAUUUAGAAAAAUUAAAAGAAGCUAUUGCUGCUAAACAAACAGUUUUAAAAGAAACAGAGGAAAAUAAAACUAAAGUAGAGUUACAAUUGUCAUCUGUCAAAGAAGAAUUGAAUAAUUUGAAAAUUUUAUUCGAUACUACGGAAGAUACUCUAGCUCAAACUGUUGCAACCAAAGAAGUAUUGGUAAUGAAACUUUCAGUAGCAGAGACUAAAAUAAAUUCUUUAGAAGAACUAUUAAAUACACAAGCAGAUCAGCAUAAAUUAAUGAAAGAGAGUCUAGAAGAAAAAAUUAAUUAUUUGGAACAAAAUAUCUCUAUACAUUUAGAAGAAAAACAAAGAUUUGAACAAACUAUUCAACAGAAAAGCGAAGAAUUAGAGAAUUUUGCUAAAGAUCUUGAAUCUAGAAAUUCAGAGAUUCAUUUAUUGAAUGAUAAAAUAGUAGAGCUCGAAAAAACAGUCGAAACUUCAAGAGAAAAAAUUAUUAACUUAGAAAAUGAUAUUUCUAUGAAUUUACAAGAAAAUAAAAAAUUACAAGAAACCAUCGAGCAUCAAAGUAUAGACUUGAACAAAUUAUCUACAGACCUUGAUGAUAAAAAUUCAGAAAUUAACUCAUUAAAUACUAAAAUAAUGGAAUUAGGGCAGAUAAUAAAUGAUUUACAAACAAAAAUACUCUAUUUAGAAAAUAAUAUUUCUGAAUAUCUGGAAGAAAAGAAACAAUUUGAAAGAACUAUUGAACAAAAGGAUCAAGAAUUUACACAAUUAAGCAAUGAAAUAGAGAACAAAAAUUCUGAGAAUAUUUCAUUGAAACAUCAAAUAUCAGAAAUAGAGAAAGAAAAGCAAAUUGCACAUGAUAAAAUUCAUAAUUUAGAAAAUAAUGUUGUUGCAUUAUCAGAAGACAAGGAACGAUUGGAAGUAUUUAUCGAACAAAAAAAUGAAGCUUUCAAUAAAUUGACUCAAGAGCUUGACAACAAAAGUUUAGAAAAUAACUCAUUGCAAGAUAAUAUCUCUCGAUUGGAAGAAUUAAAACAGAAUACUGAAAGUAAAAUCCUUAAUUUAGAAAAAAAUGUUACUGAACUUUUGCAAGAAAAAGAACAGUUCGAAAAAAUUAUUGAAGAAAAAAAUCACGCUAUCCAGAAAUCAUGUGAUGAGCUUAAUUAUAUGAAUUCUGAAGUAAAUUCAUUGUCAUCUAAAUUGUUAAAGUCGGAAGAGAUAGCGAAAAAUGAUCAUGAAAAAAUAAAUAAUUUGGAAAAUACCAUUUUAAGGCACUUAGAAAACGAACAGCGUUAUGAAGGUAUUAUUAAACAAAAAACGGAAGAAUAUGAAGGUUUAUUAAAUGAGUUUGGUGCAAAAAAUAAUGAAAUUGAUAAAUUAAAACAAAACAUAUCCCUGUUGGAAGAUAAAAUAACUUCCAGUGAAAAGUCUCUAUCAACUUUGGAAAUGGAACUUUGUGAAUUAAGGGAGCUCCGUGAAGAGCUUCAAAGUCAGCUUGCCAAUGAACGUGAAAGAGCUGCGAUUUUGAUGGAUAAUAAACGUGAAUUAGAGUCGAAAAUAAAUGAAAUGUUACAAAAUAAUGAGAAAAGAGAAAUAGCUGAUAAAAGAAAAAUUGAUGAAUUAAAUUCACUUUGUGAACUAUUAAAUUCUGAUCUUUCUACUGCCAAAAUCGAACUUGCUAAACGAAAUUCUAAAGCUCAAGAAUUAAUGAGCGAUCGCGAUUUACUACAGAAUAAAUUGAAUGAUGUAUGUCGUGAAUUGGAAGGCAAAAAUAUGGAAUGUAAAGAAAUGGAACUACAAAUUGAAGAACUGAAAAGAAUUCAAGAACGAACUAUGAGUAGUUAUCAAGAACGUGAGAAUUCUUCCAAUGAAAUCAUCAAUUCUCUAGAAAAAAAAUUGUUAGCUGCACAAAGCAUUUGUGAAACAUUAAAGUUAGAGAAAAAAUUGCAGGAAGAAUCACUUGGAGUUAUAAGUACGAAACUAGAGCAGUUGACUAAAGAAAAAAUUGAAUCAGAGCUGAAGAUGAAAGAAGUAAUUGUGAAUUUGCAAGAAGUAAGAACAAGUCAUGAAAGUGUAAUGCAGGCACAGUCUAAGGCUUUUGCUGAUAAAAAUUUAGAGUUCGAAUCUCUUGAGAAAAAACACGUGGAAAUGAAGAAAAUAUUUGAAGCUAAUAUUCAACAGUAUAAAACACAAAUUGAAGAAAAAAACUGUGAAUGUGAAUCAUUAAAACAAACAAAUGAGGAUCAUUUGAAAAAAAUCAAUGAUCUUGAAACGGAUUUAAAUACAGAAAGGAAAGAAUUAAAAAUAGUGAAAGAAAAAUGUGAUUUAUUAAUCAGUGAUAUUGAUGCUCUUAAAACAUUUAAUGACAAUUAUUUGAAGAUGAUUGAAGAGCUUAAAAUGGACCUGAAGACUAAGACAGAUAAUUUAAGUAAAUUACAAGUAAAGUGCGAUAGUUUAUCUACUAAUUUGGAAGAAGAAAAGAAAAAUUUGAAUGAAAAAAACCGAUGCAACGAAGAGCUUUUAGAGAAGAUUGAUGAAAUGAAAAGUACAUGGGAAAGAAGAAAUGAAUAUUUGUCUCGACUGGUUCGAGAAAAAAAAUCAUUGCAAGAUUUAUUUGAGGAAAUAAUCAUGGAUCAUUAUGAAUUGAAGGACAACUUUGCAAAUAUUCGUCAAUCCUGGAAGAAUCAUUUAAAUAGUUUUAAGCGUAUUUUCGUAGAGAAGAGUUCUUGUAACGAACUGCAACAAUUGGAAGCUAAAAAGACGGAAAUUGAAACAUUAAUGAGUGAAUUUGAUAAUAAGCAAUUGAAAAGUUCCAAAUCUUUAGUCCAAGUUCUUCAGAAAAUUUUUUCAUGCUUACAAAAAAAUACCGAACAUGUUUAUGUAAUUCCAUUAGAAAAACUAGAAUUGAAUGAGACUGAUAUCAAUUUAGAAGAUGAAUUGUCUCUUCUUAACACUGAACUAGAAGAGAAUAAAUCAAUGAAUCAAGACUUCGAAGUUAUAAGAUCUAAAAUUGAUGAGUUUUCUAAUGCCUUUAAUUCUUACGAGACAAAUAUAAAAUCUGGCACCAUAAAACGCGAACCAAGACCUGAAGAAAAAUUACAAAAUCAAUUAGAUCAACUAUCAAAAGAAAAGAAAGACUUGAAAGAUAAAUUAGAUGCUGCAAGAGUAAGGAAUGCAAAGAUGGAGAAAACCUUUGAUGAUCUUAGAAAUGAAAAUAAAAAAAUUAAAGCCGAGAUGUCUGCAAUGUCUUCAGAGCAUAAAAAUGAAAUAGAACGAUUGACGGCCUUAAAAGAAGAGUUGCAGAGCCAAGUAGAGCAACUUCAACAAAAAAGUGAAGAAUCAGAUAAAGAUAAAGAAGCAAAAGAGAAUGAUCUUGAUACUCGAAUGAAAGAGGUUCACAACGAAUAUGAACAAAAACUCGAGAAAAUAAAACAAAAAAUGAAAAAAGCAUAUAAUGAGCAGGUCGAAAAAAUAAAAAGUGAACAAGAAAAAAAAAUGGAAGAGAAAGUAAAUGAAAUGCAAGCCAAAAUGGAUCAACAGUGUAAGAAAUGUGCUGAAGACUUAGCGAGGUAUAAAGCUCAUGUUGGUGAGUUAUCAUCACAAAUGUGGAAUGUUGGUGAGAAACUCUUAACAGAGCAACAAGAAAAAGAAUCACUAUUACAACGUUUACGUGAUCUGCAACAUAGAUAUAAUACAACUAUUAAUGAAAUCAAUCAUUCAUUUUCUCUUAAUCGUCAUCAAGCUAAUGUUAAGGCUAUCGAGAACACUUUUAGCCACGACCGAUCGGAUGCAUCAACAAGAUCAAACUUUCGAGCAGUUCAGUUAAUAGAAGAAGAAACUACAACGACCAGACGUCACAGUGUCAAGAGUAUUCAAGCUAUGGGAAAUGCUUUUAACGUUGAAGAUGAAGAAGGUGAAGUGUUUGACAAUAUAUACUUGACAGAUCUAAAAGAAGGUAAAUUCCGUGCUAUUGAGCCAGCAAGUGAUUUCGAUCGGUUGUCAGAAUUACGUAUGCGUAAUUCUCUGUGUCUUCCUCAUCUGAGAUCUGCUUAUGCAGUAGAAACUCAUUUACAUCCAGUCGCAAUGACAGAAGAAGAUAUUAAGAGUGGUGCAACAAGUGAGGACGUAUUCAAUGACAGUCUUAGCCAAAGUUUACUCCCAGGUCAAAAAGCCAAGAAAAAAGACCGAACACAGACCUCAUAUAAAAGACCUGGACCUCCUACUCCUAGUAAAAAUGGUGGUAGAUUAUCACUUCAAGGAAAUGAAUUAAGAAGUCCGAAUUCAAGGAUAUUACGAGAUCGAAAUAGUGAAAGACGGACAACAGCAACGCCUAAGCGUAUAAAAAAUUUCUUUGGAAAUACUUUAUCAAGACGUCAAGAUGAGAAUACUCCAGCAACUCCAAAACGUAGGCUUAGUAGCAUGUUUCGUAAAUCAAGACCCACAGAGAAGAGUUAAAUAAUAUUAUAAGUUAUUGCAUAAAAUAUUAUAUUGUAUUUAACUUUUUUUUAUGUUUAUUAUAAAAAAAAUAGUACUUUUAAUAAAAAACUAAUAAAACUACUUAA